AUGGCGCUGAGAAUCCACGUCCUUCCCCUGCACGCCCUGCCCCGGCCCCCGAAAUCCCGCCUCCUCCCCCUCCGUUUCGACCCCCGCAAGCCGCUUCCCGCCUCCGUGUCGUGCAGGGCCAAGAGGCCCACCGGCGACGCCGACAUCGCGUCCGCCCUGGCGGAGGAGGUCGCGAGGGUGCACGCCCAGAAGAAGCAGAAGGACGAGGCCCUGGGGAAGGGCCGGGCCCUCCUGUUCGCCGAGUUCUGCGGCUACUUCUCCCUGAGGGAGGACGAGCUGAGGAGGAGGUGGGAGAGGAUGGAGAACGGCGAGCGGAGGAAUAUGGCGGCGGAGUUCGUGUCGAAUUGGAGCGCCGAUUUCCAUCCCCUGUCCGCGAGGUCCGUCGUGGAGAUGGUCGAGGAGCACCUGCGGCGAGAAAAGAAGCCGUCUUUCUCGGACGAUUCGGCGUUUUUUCCUAGUUUGAAGAGAUUGAUGGGCUUGGGGGAGAACAAGUGA